AUGGGGGAACGCUCCCGUUCGCUCGACUUGCCUAUUUCCCCUUGCGCCACUUAUGACAUUGGUCCAUUUGACUCCGACGACACUGGCGAUAUUUCUCCCGAUGAUGAUGGAGUCGCGAUCGAUCCAGAUUUCUCUCAUUCUCCCGUGUCCCCCAUCUCAACCAACUCGCCCCGCCCUGUCAACACGGGCUCCCAAUCGUCUACCAUUGUCAACUCGAACAGCUCUAACGGCUCCAUGAUGACUCUUCUCCCGGAGCCUUCGGUCUACGAAAUCCCAGAAGACACCAUCGCUCAAAUUAAGGAGUCCAUCCGGUUCUCCUCGCCUAUUGUGCGCGCGAUGUCCCCCGCUCCCAAGUCGCCCCGUGGCAAACAAAUGCCAUUUGCACCAGAGGACCUCACCCGCGCCCUGGCUGCCGUGCAGCUCUGCGCGUAA